AUGAAUGACAACGGAGCUUUGACUAAACGUAUUGUUAAGGAAAGUGCUCGAUUACAACAAGAACCAGUACCGGGUAUCAUUGCAACACCAGAUGAACAUAAUGCUCGUUAUUUUAAAGUUAUUAUUGAUGGACCAAGUGAGAGUCCAUAUGAAGGUGGUAAAUUCAAAGUAGAAUUAUUUUUACCUGAUGAAUAUCCAAUGGCGCCCCCUAAAGUUCGUUUUAUGACAAAACUUUAUCAUCCCAAUAUUGAUAAACUAGGACGAAUUUGUCUAGAUAUUCUCAAAGAAAAAUGGAGUCCAGCUUUACAAAUUCGUACUGUUCUUUUAUCUAUUCAGGCUCUAUUAAGUGCACCUAAUCCGGAUGAUUUUUUGGAUGCUGAUGUAGCUGAAAAAUGGAAAGCUGAUGAAAAAGGAGCAAAAUCAAUGGCUCGUGAUUGGACUCAAAAAUAUGCACAUGAAGUUUAG